AUGGGUAUACUCAAGGUCCUCACAGCUCUCCUCUCGACUGCAGCAGUCGCCAGUGCUGGCGAUGUACUUGCCCACGUCAUCAUUGGCAAUGUCGACUCAUACUCCGUCAAUCAAUGGUCCUCCGAGAUCAAAAUCGCCCAAGCCGCCCGCAUCGACGGCUUCAUCCUGAACACCGCCGCCGACAAGGCAACCCACGAGUCCACCAUCGCAAACGCCUUCACCGCUGCAGAAUAUCUCAACUUCAAGCUCGCCUUCAGCUUCGACUACCUCGCCCAAGGCCCCUGGGCUCCCCACGACGUCACCGACCUCCUGAACCGCUACGGCCAGCGUAAAGCCCACUUCAAAGUCAACGGCGCCCCGCUCGUCAGCACCUUCGAAGGCCCCGGCAAAUCCGGCGACUGGCCAUCCAUCCGCGCCUCCGUAAAAGGCGGCAUACACUUCGUCCCAGCCUGGACAUCUCUCGGCCCCUCCGGCUUCGCCGCCGACGACAAGAUCGGCGUCACAGACGGCGCCUUCAGCUGGGACAUGUGGCCGCGCGGCGCACACGACGUCUCCGCCGCCCAGGACCACAGCUGGAAGAAGACCGUCGCAGACAAGACCUUCAUGAUGGGCGUCUCGCCCUGGUUCUACACCCGGCUGCCGAGCUUCGGCAAGGCCUGGCUGUGGCGCGGCGACGACAUGUGGCACCAGCGCUGGCAGCAGGUCCUGGACGUCCAGCCGGACAUUGUCCAGAUCGUCACCUGGAACGACUAUGGCGAGAGCCACUAUAUUGGCCCGCGGACGGGCGCCGUGCCGCCCGGUGCGGACGCAUACGUCAACGACAUGCCGCACGACGGCUUCCGCGACUUGCUCCCUUACUACAUUGCGCGCUACAAGGGCGAGUAUCCGCGUGUCGCUGAGGACAAGAUCAAUAUGUGGUAUCGUCUGACUGCCGGCGAGGCCGGUGACGUGGGCGGCGUGACGGGCAAUAACUGCCCGUCAUCGAUCAACAAAUUCCCCGAUGGCAGCACUUGCGUGGACCCCAAGCUUGUUGCGCAGGACAAGGUGUUUGUUACCGCGCUGCUGAAGGCGCCGGGCUCCGUCACGGUUCAGAUCGGUGAUAAUCCUGCCGUCACGCAUACGUUCUCGGCGGCGGGUGCGCAACAUACUAGUCAGAGCAUGAAUGGGCAGACUGGCGCGGUGAAGGUGCACGUUGUGAGGGACGGCGCCACGGCGGCGAGUGCUACGGGUACGCCCAUCUUGGCGAGGCCGAAGGGGCAGGUUGUGAAUUUCAAUGUGUGGAAUGGUGGGAGUAAGAGUAAGGCUGGGAAGAGAGCGGAGACUUUCCAGGCGUAG